GAUGAUAGAUCGCUCUUCUUCUGAAGAUAAUAAUGAUAUCAAUGAUAACAAGAAACUAUUUCAAAUUUAAGAUAAGUUGAUCAAGAAGGUCAAGAAAUAGAGUUAUACAUUUGAAGAUGGAUAAUAUUAUUUUAAUGUAUAUUAUCAUCUUUUAGAAACAAUUUAAGCUUACAGCUUAUAAAAAGGUUACAGUAUCAAAAUUUAAAGGAAACACAAUGAUU